AUGGGUAGAAAACAUCUAUCACACAAGAAGGGAGAAGAGAGCGAAAAAACGGAGGAUAAAAGCGAACAAAAUGAUGACAACGAGUUAAUAUUUGAUGAAUCGGAACACGUUUCAUUCUUCCAAUUGUUCCGGUACUCUGAUAUCAAAGACAAAAUAAUGCUUGUUGUUGGCUUUAUUUUUGCUUUGGCUGUCGGCUGCUCAUUUCCAGUGAAUCUUGUCAUUUUUUCAAGAGUUAUAAAUUUGCUAACCGCCCCAGGAGAUGUGGAUCUUAAUGGAAUGCGUGAAAUGGUUGGAUGGUUUUGCCUGCUAGGUGCUGUCACAAUGAUUGUGGCAUUCGUGGAAAUGUUUAACUUUAGUUUCUCAGCUAGACGACAGAGUCGUCGAAUCCGUCUCAAACUCUUUAAGCAAAUACUUAGACAAGACGUUCCAUGGUUUGAUCAACAGUCAUUAGGUGAUCUUAUCACGAAAUUGACUGCGAAUAUCGACCACAUCGAGACCGGUAUCGGCGAGCGUUUGGGAAGAUUUGUUCAAAACGCGGCUAUGUUCAUUUCUUGCUAUGUAUGCGCCUUUUUGAACAACUGGAAGAUUGCUCUGGUUGGACUGAGUGCAGCACCACUUAUUGUACUCGCUUUUUCUGUCAUGGGCCUUACAAUGAGCAACUUUGCUAUAAAAGAACAGAAAGCUUAUUCAAAGGCAAAUAAUGUUGCCAGUGAGGUUUUCAACUCCAUCAAGACGGUAUUUGCUUUCAUUGGGCAAGAGAAGGAGAAGCAGCGGUACUCCUCCCAACUCGGUGCCGCUGCAAAGGUCUCCUUCUUGAAGAAUGUUAUGCUUGGUUUCGGUAUCGGGCUGAUUGGUGGUUCCAUAUUUGCAUCUGCAGGAUUGACUUUUUGGUUUGGUGUAAAAGAAGGCAUUGAAAAUGGUGUCGAAAGUGGAACCAUCGUUUCUGUCGUCCUUGCCUUUAUCGUUGGCAGCAUUGCGUUGGGUCUGGUGCUGCCCGAAUUCUCCUACUUUACUAGGGCCACGGCUGCAGCUUCGAACACAUACUGGAUCAUAGAACGUAUUCCCGAAAUUGACAAGGAGGAAUCAGGCACGAAGCUCGAUAUCAUACAUGGAGACAUUGAAUUCCGUAAUGUCUCCUUCUCCUAUCCUAUGCGACCAGAUGUUGUGACCCUAAAAAACUUCUCAAUGAAAAUUGGUGCAGGCCAGACCAUCGCCAUUGUGGGCCCAAGUGGGUCGGGGAAGAGUACUGUCAUCCAGUUACUUCAACGUUUCUACGAUCCCAGUGAAGGUCAGGUACUGAUUGAUGGCCACGACAUUCGAGGGUUUGAUCUCAAGUGGAUGAGACUUCAGUUUGGAGUGGUUUCACAGGAGCCAGUGCUUUUUGCCGCCACAGUCAAGGAAAACAUUGAAUUGGGACGCGAGGGUGCCACCUUUGAGGAGAUCGAAACCGCCGCGAAGCUUGCAGAUGCGCACGACUUCAUAAUUAAGAUGCAAGAAGAAUACGAAACGAUGAUCGGUGAAGGCGGUGGUGGCAUGUCAGGCGGACAGAAGCAGCGUUUGGCUAUUGCCCGAGCUCUGUUACGAAACCCGCGGAUUUUGCUGCUGGAUGAGGCGACGUCGGCGCUGGAUACCCACUCCGAGAGGGCGGUACAGGAUGCGUUGGACAGGGCCGGUGUCGGACGGACUGUCAUCAUGGUGGCGCAUCGUCUCACCACUGUGCGCAACGCUGACCGUAUUCUUGUAGUAGACAGAGGUGUGGUGAAAGAGUCGGGUACUCACGAUGAACUUGUCGCUCUUAACGGUAUCUACGCUCACAUGCUCUCAACUCAGGAGAAAAAGAAGGAGACCGAAGACUCAGAAAGUGAGCCAGAGCAGGGAGUGGAGAGAGAGCAAUCCCCAAAACAAAAAGGCGUAUGGAAACGCACUACACGAGAUCCCGAGACUGAAAGCUCCGUGUCUAGUAGUAACGCUAGCUCUAUGUCCCUUGUCAUGUUCGCAAAGAAAAAUGCUCUUGGAAGAGCAUUUAUGUUGAACAAACCAGAGUUCCCUUUAUUCUUCCUCGGCUUGUUCAUUUCACUCAUCUCCGGUGUUAUUCAACCUAUAUACGCAAUUCUAUACUCAGAAAUGUUCAAGAUAUUUACGCUUCCAAAUGACCAAAAAAUGAGCAGAACCGUGUUCAUUGCUAGCAUGAUGGCAGUAUUGGGUCUCAUACGUCUUGUCACACAACUUGGAUCAAACGCUGCACUGGGCUGGGCUGGCGCCAAACUCACACAAAGAACCCGAAGUCUCCUCUUCAACGCCAUAAUUAAGCAAGAACCGGGAUGGUUUGAUGAGGUCGCUAAUCAGCCGGGCGUGUUGACAGCUCGACUUGCCACAGAAGUGUCAAGUCUGGAGACCGUAACAGGUGCCCAACUGGGCACUGUUAUGGAAUCCCUCUGCCUGAUUAUUGCCUCUACUGUGAUCACUUUCAUGUACAGUUGGCAGCUUACUCUUGUCAAUAUCUGCUUCUUGCCCAUUGUCGUUGCAAGCAGCGCGCUUCAGAUGAAGAAUCUGCGCUCCGUAAUGAGCAUUCGUGAGGUUGCUGGUUCUCAGGUGGUGCAAGAGGCGCUUUCAGCAGAGAAAACUGUCUUUGCUUUCGGUUUAGAAAACCACUUCUAUAACAAAUUCGUUGCAAAGUCCGAUUCUGGCAGCAAGGAACGAGUGAUGGAUGCUGUUCUUAACGGCUUGGUGCACGCCGCUGCGAACGGUUUGAGCUACUUUCAGACAGCGGCAUCUUUCUACGUUGGUUCUGUGUUGAUGAAUAAUGGCACCCUUGAUGUGCUUGCCGUUUUCCGUACGUUCUCGGCGUUCAACUUCGGUGCCCAGGGUAUUACAAGAGUGGCCGCUUUGACGCCCGAUUUUAAGAAGGCCGGCGAUAAAAUUGCCUCAGUCUUCCAGACCCUAGAUCGAGAAACGAAACUCGAUGCGACCGAGGGUGACUACCCGACCGAGCCUCUAAGCGGUUCCAUUGUCUUCAAAAAUGUAUACUUUCGUUAUCCAACUCGCAAACACGUCAGAGUUCUACGAAAAUUUAAUUAUACCGUACAAGCUGGCAAUUCUGUAGCCCUCGUGGGCGCCUCUGGCUGUGGAAAGUCGACAAUUCUACAAUUGGUCCAACGAUUAUACGACGUCAGUCCUCACGGGCCGGGCAGUGGAAUCUUCAUUGACGGUCACGAUAUCCGUACACUCGCGCCCAAUUGGAUCCGUCAGCAGAUCGGUAUUGUCUCUCAGGAGCCAAACCUCUUUGACUUAAGUAUUCGAGAGAACAUUGCCUAUGGUGACAAUUCAAGGGAGGUAUCUAUGGAGGAAAUCAUUGAGGCUGCAAAGGAAGCAAAUGUCCAUGAAUUUGUUGAGGGCCUACCAGAGGGCUAUGAGACGUCAGUGGGAGCACGUGGUUCGCAGUUGUCGGGUGGUCAGAAGCAGCGCAUCGCCAUUGCUCGAGCGCUGAUACGGAAACCGAAGCUCCUGCUUCUGGAUGAGGCAACCUCGGCAUUGGACAACGAGUCGGAGCGCAUUGUGCAGGCGGCGCUGGAUGAGGCGAUGGCGAAGGGUGGACGAACGAGUCUGGUAGUUGCACAUCGUCUCACCACGGUGGAGAACUGCGACGUUAUUGUGGUGUUGCAGGAGGGCCAGGAAUGCGAGAUUGGCUCGCCUGAGGGUCUGAUGGCCGCUAAGGGCAUCUACUACCAGCUGCAUAAUGUGGACGCCGCUGUGAAGCCGCACUAA